UUCAUGCUUAUGCUGGCAUUGUGGUGCAGGCAGUCCGCGGUCGGGGUGACGUUUGUUGACUAGAAUUAGUUCAUACUAAUCAUUAGUCAUUUGGUGCCGUCGCUACAGAUUUGAAUCAAGUCAAAUUGUGAUCUGCUGCUCUAAUUUUCUACGUUUUGAGUUGUUUUGAUCGCGAGUGUAAAACAGCGCGGAUUCACAUUGCAACUACUAUCCGCUUUCAACCUGGUUUCGUUUUUCUGCUGGAUUUAAGAUGCAGCCUCCCAACAAAACAACACGAAAGUAUUGCGUUUGAACGAGCCAAGCGUGUGCGUGUUCCGGAGAGAGAAAAAGAAGUGCAUUUUCCUGUUUUCUAUUUUUACCAGCAUCGAUCAUCAAGGCUGCAAGGUUUACAUAUUCUGUUGAAGGGCGGUGUCUCCACAUCUGCAGAACCAACAUGGACAUCAAUCUGGAUGGCCUAUUCCGCCUGAACACCAGCUAUGACUAUGACGACGACUACGUGUACACAGACGACGACUUUGAGUACCGACGCGGCCGGGCGGUGUGGAUUCCGCUAGUGUACUCGGUAGUGUUGGUCAUCGGCCUGCUGGGGAACGGACUUCUUCUAGCGUUUCUGGCGCAGAAGAAGAAGCGUGCAUGGAGGAUAUCGGACACCUUCGUCCUCCAUCUGAGUGUCGCCGAUGUCCUGCUCUUGAUAACGCUGCCGCUGUUGGCCGCACAGGCGUCGCAAAGUUGCGGAUGGUGUGUGGGCCUUGCACUCUGCAAGAUCACUGGAGUUCUUUUUAAGCUCAACUUCUUCUGUGGGAUCUUCCUCCUAGCCGUCAUCUGCUUGGACCGCUACCUGUCGGAGGUUCAUGCCAAACCGUUGUUCUCUCACAAAAACCCCUGGUUGACUCACCUCAGCUGUUUGUUUGCGUGGAUCGUCUCCCUGCUCCUCACCAUCCCCGACUGGUUCUUCCUGGUGUUGGAGCCCCAUCCAUGGAAGGAGGAUUGGACCCAAUGCGUUCCCAGCCUCUAUCCCGACGACUUAAAACUAGCGUCACGUCUCCCUCACCAUGUUCUUAGCAUGGCCGCUACAAUUGUUAUCGGCUGCUCGUGUUUACUGCCGUGGCUCCAGCGUUCGCCCAAAAGCCUCAAAAAGCAGAAGACAGCUGUCGCCAUGCUUAUCCUGGUGGGCGUCUUCUAUUUCUGCUGGAUGCCGUAUAACGUCACUCUCAUGGUGGACACCUUCAGCAGCGACAAGACAAGAAAAGAAAACGGUUUAUCUACUAAAAGCUCCACAAGAACAUCUUUAACGGCCACGGCGGUGUUGGGUUGCGUCCACGCAUGCCUCAGGCCGCUGCUGUGCCUCGGACUUUGCACAAAUUUCAGGAAGUGGACGCUGGCGGUGAUGAGUUGCGCAAAAGUUGAACCCAAGGGGUCAGUGUGGCAGCUGGGCGUCGGCGAGGACGCCCUUCCCGAGCAGAAACCCGAGGAGGAGGAGCUUAAACAGGUUGCAAGUGUGGAGCAGUCAAAGAUGUCCUGUGACUCAUAGCGGUGAUUGACUAAACCUUUCAAUGCGCUCACCGACGGCGCGUCAUUUGCUUUCCGAGGAAGAGCAGGAUGACUUAAAAUGGGUAUUUAUAAAAUGACUUUUAAUAGCAUGUAAUUUAUUGAAGUACUGUUACCACAUUGUUACAUUUGUACACACGUUUUAAUGCCUAUUUUUUUAACUGUCGGAGUUGCUGCUGUUACAUUUAUACGCCCCAAAAUAAGGUCAUUGCAUGGUUUAAUCAAGACAAUAUCUCAUUGUCAUUGCUUGGGUGGCAGGGUGUGCACGGCAAGGGGUCGUAUUUUUAUUUUCUGUGCUUAUAAAUAUACUGGAGAUCCGGACACGAGCCAUAAAUAGUGUCUGCUUCUUAAUGAAUUAAAGGCGUUUCGUGUCAAAAGAACUGUAAUUCAUAAACAUCCCCAUAAGGUAGAGAAGUUGGAUUUUUGGUUUGUGGGUUAGCGAUAAACUUUGACAACCCAUUUUCUACCGUUUAUCUUUACAAGGGUCACAAGGUUUAGAGAGAGUGCAACUGAGGAGGUUGAGGUUCUGAUUGGGAGUGACCAGGAUGGAUAGGAUCAGGAUGGAGUACAUCAGAGGGACAUUAUUACAUGUUCGAGGCCCUUAAAUGAAAGGAAAGGUAUACAAAACUGUGGUGAGACCAGCCAUUUAUUUUUCUACCACUUAUCCUCAUGAAGGUCACGGGGGUGCUGGAGCCUAUCCCAGCUGUCUUUGACCCUGGACUGGUCGCCAGCCAAUCACAGGGCACAUAUAGACAAACAACCAUUCACACUCACAUUCAUACCUAUGGACAAUUUGGAGUCACCAAUUAACCUAGCAUGUUUUUGGAAUGUGGGAGGAAACCGGAGUACCCGGAGAAAACCCACGCAUGCACAGGGAGAACAUGCAAACUCCACACAGAGAUGGCCGAAUGUGGAAUUGAACUUGGGUCUCUUAGCUGUGUGGCCUGCACGCUAACCACUCACCAACUUUGAUAACACUUUCAGGCAAUUAUUGUAUCGUUUUACUGUGUAAUUAAUGUCUCAAUCACGCGUUUUCAUAUAUAUAAUAAUUAAUAAAUCAUAAUUUUUUUGUGGUUGAAUACGGCCUAUUGUUAGUCCAAAAAUGUGUAUAUUUAAUUUGCCUAAAUUCAACCUAUUCAAUCAUAAAAAUAGCUAAAUUAACUAAAAUACAAAUACAAGGAAUUAAGUAGACCCAUUCAAAUUGUGACUGUAAUAUUCUACAUCGGCCACCGGGUGUCAGUAAUUGUUCGGUGAGACAAGCACCAGACUUGAUCGGAACAACCGAUCAAAUCAUUAAAACAUUAAAUCUAACUUAUCACAGUUUUCAAAUAUGCCCUUUUUAUUGUGUUUUAUGAACAAAGAGGUCAAUUUUAUUAUAUUUUAAAUUUGAAUUGUGCUGAGUGAUACCACGAAUGUCUUUGUUUAUUUCUUUCGGCUUUUUUUUUUCCUGAUUACGGAGUUGCCAUAGCGGAUCUUUUUGAUCCGCAUACUGAGUUUGGGCUUGAGCUCUUUGUAUUCCCGGAUGCUCUUCCUGAUGAAUACUGAUGAUGCUUACUAGUGGAGAUUCAAACCCGAGGCACUAGUCUCUGUAAUAGUAGUAGAACAGAACAAUUGAAUCAUACUUUAACAGGUAUGAUGAGCCAUGUGGGGUUGCGUUCAAAGACACUUCUUAGUGAGUGAUAAGUUUGUUUGUUUUUUAUUUCGACCAAAUAUACACACAUCAUAAAGAUGUUCGGAGUGUCCCUGAACAUGCUCCAUGUGACAAUGAGGAAGUGUCCUUUCAGGGAGGUCUAGAGACGUGUUUGGAAGUCGGAGAUGCAUAUUUGGUGUUGGAAUUGCUGAUUGGAAUUGUUGAUGUGUUCAGGUCAGAAUAAGUUACAAAAGAGUGUCAGACUCUGCAGGGACACUAUUGUCACUCCACCUGUCAUAACAGAGAGAGGUGUCUUCACAAUGUGCGCAUGUGUUAAUUACAUUAAAAAUGUUAAUUAAUGAAAUCACUGAAGUCACCACCGUUAACGCACUAUUUUUGACAGCACUAUUGACGACAUUAUAAGUUAAAACUCAACUCUGAAUCCUGAUGUCAGAUUCUGCCGAACACCGGAACAUAUUCAUAGCAACACACAUGUGUAUAAGUAUUAUAUUGCGUGAUGAUGGGGUGUCUAAAAGGCUCUAAUAAUGUAAAAAAAAUGUAUUUGGAAAAUCGUAAAUAGUUUUUCUACGCCAUAACCAUGAAAAUAUUCAAUAAUAAGGGAAGAAUCUUAUUUGUGGAUAUUCACUUAUCACAGUCUCAUCUGGAACCAAUUAACUAGUAUAAAUGAGGGAUUACUGUAUGUACCAUGUACUGUGUGUAUGUGUAUUCUUUGAUUACCAUUCAAUUCAUCCAUCCAUGUAUUGUGUUAACCUGAAUAUGCACAAUUCUGUCCUUUUUUUGGGGACUUUUUUGAACAUUUUUUUGAAAUAAUUUGUCCGUCCGUUCGUCAACUAUCUUACCUGUACACAGUAUGUCGGUAUAUCCAUGUUUUAUUAGUGAAAGUAAGAAGAGCUCCACUCUAGCGUAAACGCCAGGAUUGUUAUGAAAGAGUAUUUCUGGCAGCAUGACAAAGCACUUUCAUGCUUGGAUGAAUUACUUAGGCAUCUUUGGAAUGUUAUGACUCUCACUAGAGGUCCAUAAAUGUUAUUAUUCAACACAGUAAAUGUGGUAACAUAUUGAAAAAAAAUGAUGUGUGGGUGCCAUUAUUAAUAUUUUGAGUUUGUAGAUUUGUAUCGCUGGACAGUUUUACUUAAUUUGUCACUAAAUGUCACUUCAGUGUCCAUAAGAUAAACUUUUUAAGUCCUUAUCAGUGUUAAUAUCUGUGAUAACAAAGUCACCCGGUCGUUUCCAUAAAGCAAUAAUUUAUGCAACAUGCAUGUUUUAGUGUGUGACUACAAGGGGAUUUCCCUUGGCAAUUCCAGUUUUUUUUUUCCACUCUUUUGUUUCAACAUGUUUUUCAGUCUGCACAAUUCAGGUUGUCACGUACAGUAUAUGUUGUGAUAUCAUCGGUCUUGUGACGGUGAGACAAAGGGUUAGUCUGCUCCAGACUAUUAAAAGCUUCUUCAUGUUGA